GGCUCCGUACGGUGGUGAAGGGAAAUGAAAAGAUUUUCCGGUUCCAGACGAGACAGGCUUGUAGCAGGCUUUGCAGACAAGAAACUCUCAUCCUUCCUCGGGGUUCAUGCGUGGAUACAGUAAUAUUAAAUCAAAAACUUGAGUUGUCUGAGACUCUGUUUAAGAUUUGUUUAUUUUCUAUCAACUCACUGAAUUUCAGGCGUUUUUUAUAGCUGUGGCUGCUUCAAAUAGCGGCGCUUCUUGUGGAUGUUGUGGCACAUUUCUUCAUCUGUAUUUUCAUUGCAGUUCUUCCGCUUUUUUGCAAUCGUCGGCUGUAGCUGAAGUGUACGAAUCCAUCGUCUGCUGCCGUCUUGAGAGCAACCUUCCGAGCGUGCGGCGGGAGGCGAUGAUCCGUUAUCACCGUGCAGUGAUGGGAGGUAUCGCGGCAAGCAGCGCCUAGCCGAGUGAGCCAGGCGGAUCAUCGAGCCUCGGUCCACCGAUCGUCGCAGAAGCUACGGUCUCCAUCUGGAGCAAAAGACGAAAGAGAAAGCUGCCCCCAAGAUCACGCAGCUGCGUAUGUUUGAUAGAGAAAAGCAAACGUGCAGCGAUACCGCCGAGAAGUAUUGAGCUGUGCAACCUGUGCAAUGGUGGUGUGAAAGGUGGAAAAAGAUUGGAAAAAUCAGCUGUGUGUUGCGCGUGUGGUGAUCGUCGUCUCGUGAAGCGUUUUGUGUAGAUUUGUGCCACUGCUUAUGCUUACGUGUGCAGCAACCCGAUGUGUGUUAGUCAUCGAUCGAUCGUCGGCGAAGAGUAGCAAAGGAGGAAAAAGGGAGAGUGAUGAUCGCGGGUGUACUACUCCAAAACGCAGAUUGAUCGUGGGCGCGCUUGGUUAAGGGGUUGGAGAAACAGAAGUGGAAAAGAAAGAAAAGAGCGCCAUCCGGCCCCACUGAUACCACUGGUUACUACACUAGUGUCGUCACUACACCAACACUGCGGCCCCCGAGACUACUACCAGUACGAUCGGAGCGUGAAAGGAACGUCGUGGCAGAGUUUCACUUCGUCGAGGCAAAACAAAGUUCGAAGGAAUGUGCGCCAGACUGUAGCAACGGAAUUUUGAUCUUCUUCGGAUCUUACAGCUCGCUACUAUAGCACUUCAACAGUGCGGACACGUUGACUUCUAGUGCACAUCCAUACUUCAAGCACUUCCUGCCUAACGGUACCCGAAACGAUAAACGUGAAAUCAGUAAGAUCCUAUAACGCACGAUUGUUCGCCUCAUCCUGCCGCAAUAUACCGAAAUCCUCACGCAACAGAAACUCAAACCAUCGAGAUCCUACACCACUACGAUUGCAAAACGAUAAAAGGACAACACAGUAACAUCAGCUAUCCUCGCAGCGUUGCAGUGUGGAACUACGACACUCUGGGUCCUUUUAUCACAGCCAGUCAACAACAAUACGAACACCACCACCAACAUUGUCCAACAUCAUUUCAAGACAGCGAAAACACCACAAUUAGUGUGUACCAUUUUUGUUCUGGCGAAUCUUCGCCCCGUAGUAGCGCCUCUGGGAGUCCCGUAUCAAAUGCUUUAUUACUUGGUUGCAUAUCCUUCGGCCCCCAUAGCCCAUUGCUCUCGCUUGUAAACUAGUAGCACUAGGACACGUCGUCCAGUGUUCAUUGUAUUGUGGAUCCAUUCGAUAUACGGCUCAGACUGUUGCAAAACUGUAGUGUUCCGCUGUCUGUUUAAGCUACUGUACGUGUGCGUCUAUGUUGUAGUCAGUUUGGUUGCCUGGUAUUACUGUUUAACUAUUUGUAUUACGCUAUUGGCCAAGAGUUAGCUAAUCACGCGCCUCGUUUCAUUACGCUUCAGUAAAGUAUUUUUGUUUGUUUUACUUUUAUAAAUCAUUUAUCAUUUGUUACAUUGUUUUUGUCCUUGAAAAGUAUUCUCCAAUUUAUUUAACACUAUAAGUCCACAAGAUAUUUAUUUCUUUACUAAGUACACAACUACCUGCAUCAAGUGAUACCAAUUUUGAUAGAUUCGGUCUUAUUUAUACUGCAUAAGGAGUUAACAUACCCGCAAGUAUUUGUCGUGUUCGUAAGAGGGACAUCGAACUUGUAAGGUGUUGUAAGCAUCAUAGACAGAAACAUUACUGUUUAUCUUUUGUGUGAUUUUGUUCUGUGAUCGGUCCGAGUCGUGUAUCAUUGAGCUGCACAAUUAAACUUUCGAUAGUAGUGAGAAGAAGAAUGAAAAGCAUGCAAAAUCAAAUCUCAAGGUCGGAAAAAGAUAGCUAGAGACGCCGGACGCGGACUAAUUCCAUUUCAUCAAUAUUUGAAACUCGAAGCAUCACAAACGAUCGUGGGUCCAUUCGACUAGGUGUACUAGGUUCAUUCGAAGACGAAGGAACUACAUUAAACAGGCUCACAUACACGCACACAUACAUACACACACACACACAAACAAACACAAAUACAUUUAGAUACACAAGAAUCGGCAUCACAAUCGAUACAUUCAUCCUGUUGCGCGUUCCU